GCGGCGCACUAACGGUCCGAGCCGGCUGCGGGCUGGCGGCGCCUGGUGAGUAGAGAAAUUGAAAGAGGAAUGGAAGAUAGAGAAGGGGAGAGAAAGGUAGAAACCUGCAGACCUGCUUCACCACUUGACAAGCGACCUUCCUGCAGGCAACUCAGAUUUUUAUUGUUUCUGCUCAUUUUGACUCUACAAAAUAACUCAGCAGCCUUUAAAGAUACAGAAUCCAGUAAACUGUGAAGCAGAGUCAUGACUGAAAAACAGCAGGAAGAAGCAGAAUGGGAAAGCAUAAAUGUGAUGCUGAUGAUGCAUGGCUUAAAACCUUUGUCUUUAGUCAAAAGAACAGAUCUUAAAGAUCUUAUCAUUUUUGACAAACAGUCAUCACAAAAAAUGAGACAUAACUUGAAAGCAUUGAUGGAAAAAACAGCGUGUCAACAGAACAUGAUCCAGGAGCUCAUAGAAACAAAUCAACAGCUGAAAAAUGAACUUCAGCAGGAACAGUGCCGAGCAGCAAGCCAGGAACACCGAGCUAACGACUUGCAACAAAUCCUGGACAGCGUGAAAGUCAAAGUUGGUGAACUGGAGGAUGGAUCCCUACAUAGGGUUUGUGAACAACAAAAUAAAAUAAAAGAGCUUCACAAGGAGCAGAAAGCUUUACAGAUGAAAUGUCAGAAUUAUAAAGAAAAACAGAUGGAACAGCAAGAAACUAUUGCUUGUUUGCAAAAUGACAUCUAUAGAUUUAAAAAGGAGGAAGAAGAGCGCAUUGUCACUCAGAACAGAGUGUUUGCCUAUCUUUGCAAAAGAGUGCCUCAUACCAUCUUGGACCGACAGCUGCUGUGUCUAAUUGAUUAUUAUGAAUCUAAAAUAAGAAAAUUUUGUAGACAAAGGCAGUAUAAAGAGGAAGAAGAAAGCUACUCAGAAGAAGAAAAAGACUAUAGGAGCCUGAGUGCUUCACCAACUUACAAAGGCCUUCUACUGUCAUUACAGAAUCAACUCACGGAAUCAAAAUUUAAGAUCGAUACACUUUUAAGUGAAAAGUUGAAUCUCCAAAAAGAUUUGGAAACCAGGCCCACACAGCAUGAAUUAAGACUUUAUAAACAGCAGGUGAAGAAACUGGAGAAAGCCCUUAAGAAAAACAUCAGGUUGCAGGAUCUUAUCAGUCAAGAUAGGCCCGAGGACACAGAGAAAAAAAAAGAGCCCAGCAAAGAUAAACAGCAGCAGGUCCUGCUCGACCAGAGACACUUUCAGGUGCUGUGUAGCAUCAAUUCAAUUAUUCACAGUCCAAGAGCUCCAGUAAUAAUUUAUAAACAGAGCAAAGGAGGCGCCCAGCAUUUUAAUAAAGAUUUCAUUCAAGACUGUGGAUUUGAGCAUCUUGUCCCUAUAAUAGAAAUGUGGGCAGAUCAACUGAUUUCCCUAAAGGAUUUAUAUAAGUCCUUGAAAAUACUAUCUGCAGAAGUGGUACCUUGGCAUAAUUUAAAGAAGCAAGAUGAAAAUGAAGGUAUCAGAGUCGAAGAUCUAUUAUUUAUAGUAGAUACCAUGUUGGAAGAAGUUGAAAAUAAGGAGAAGGACAAUAAGAAGCCAAACUUUCAAACUUUGCAUGCUAUUGUUUCUCAUUUCCAAAAAUUAUUUGAUGUGCCUUCUUUAAAUGGUGUCUACACCCGAAUGAAUGAAGUUUACACAAGACUUGGCGAAAUGAGCAACGCGGUGAGGAACCUCCAGGAACUCUUAGAAUUAGAUAAUUCAACCUCAUUGUGUGUACUGGUGAGCACCGUUGGCAAAUUGUGUAGCAUGCUCAAUGAGGAUAUCAAUGAACAGGUCAUGCAAGUGCUGGGACCGGAAGACCUCGAAAGCAUUAUCAAGAAAUUGGAAGAACAUGAGGAAUUUUUCCCAGCAUUUCAGACAUUUACUAAUGAUCUACUUAAAAUCUUAGAAGUUGAUAACUUGGAUGCCAUUGUACCUGCAGUAAGGAAAUUAAAAGUACUUUCAUACUGAAAACAAGUCAGAUCCUUUACUGUGUAAAUUGCAUUCUUAACAACAUCAGUUCUAAGCAUUUUUUGUAGGAUCGACCUUACUUGGAGACAAGGGUCAAAAAAUGGAUUUGUUCUCAGAAUUCAUUUUCUUCACAGUAUUGAGUUAUUUUCCAUCUUUGUGUCUAUAAACUUAGAGGUUCUUAGAAGCAGUUGUUAAGCUAAAGUAGUAAGGUAGCUGUAGAUUCUUUAAUCAUUUAUUAAGCAGUUCUUGAGUGUUUAAAAUUAUACUGUGUGGGUACUAGAGAAACUCAAGGAAUGACAUUCAGUAGAAUGAUUAAGAUCAGGGUUUUGUGACAUUUCUGAAUUUGGGAGCCUGGAGUGCCAAGUCCAGUUGGUGGGAAGCUAUUGCUUUCCCGGCAAAGAUUAGUUGGUUGAGUCCAUUCGGACAUCCUGCCUAACACUUGCCCUUCAAAAUCAAAGAGAGAAAAGGAAGAAGGAAAAAGUUUUCCCAUUCUGUAGGGCAGGAAAUGAAUCAUGGGUAAAAUAGAUGAGUAUAUAGGGGUCUCUUUGUAAUCUUGAUGUAAUAUGACUUUUAUAAGGACAUGGUACUUUAAAUAAAUUUUUUAUGAAGACUU